GGGCGGGGAGAGAGGAGGAAAUUCUCUUUCGAAGUCCCCUUCCAGAAAGCUAUUAGUUUGGUUUUCAGAAGCCACAUGCUAUGUGGCAGGCGAUCCUGAAUGCAAAAAGUAGCUAAAUCCCGCCCCCCCAUAAACAUAUGGAACCAUUUUUCCUUGCUAGGUUAGGUUUCUUAAUUUUUUAUGCAUUGCUUUCCACCAAAACGGCCACAAAGUGAUUUGCAACUAAAGUAAAAAUGCUAUAGUAAACUCACAUAAACAUUACUGUAAAUAAAUUCAAUCAUACAAUAUAUUAUAGUACAAUAUAGUAAUAAUGAUAAUAUCAAAUGUUCCGAUGAUGUCCAAAUGACCUUGAAAACAAAAAUGUGUUUGUCAAAGGCCUUCUUAAACAGUGGGCCUUCUUGAACAGAGGCUACUUCCAUAAUCAGGGGCUACGGUACUUCAGAGAAGGCCCAUUUUCUUGUCACCCUGUGAAGGUGGCAUGUAGAGAAGAGCUUCAGAUAAUAGCCUCUCGGUCCUGGCAAGUUCAUAUGGGGAAAGGCAGUCUUUUAGAUAUAGCAGUCCUGAAUUGUAUAAGGCUUUAAAGGUCAAAACCAGCAAUUGGUCCCAGAAACAAAUUGGCAAGCCAACGCAGUUGGGUCAGAACCAGUGUUACAUGUUUCCACCUUAAUGUUUUGGUUAGUUAUUUACCUCUGCUAAGUAGUCCUGCACUAGCUGUAGCUUCUGACCUGUCUUCAAAGGCAGUCCCACAUACAGUGCAUUGUAGUAGUCUAACCAGGAGGUAAUCAGAGCGUAGACAACUGAACCCAGGUUAUCCCUGUCCAGGUAGGGUUGCAACUGUGCUAUUGGUCAAAGUUGCUAGAAGGCAUUCUGUGCCACUGAACCCACUUGUGCCUCCACUGAUGGUGUUCCAUACAGAAAUACCCCCAAGCUGCACACCUGCUUCUGUGCUUCUUCAAGGGGAGUGUGACCACAUUCAUCCAGAACAGGGUGCAUUCCACUAGUGCCAUCCUUUCUCACUUCUAGCCUCUUCCAUUCCCCUAACUUCCCACACUUUUAUUUGGAUUGUUCCCCCACCCCCAUUACUUGAGUGUUACAGAUUUGAAUUUGCCAGCUGUCUCUGUGCAAUAUGUCCAUCUUGAGCCUAAAUAUAAUAUGCACUAAGGCAAUCCUCUUUCCAGUCAGCCUGAUUAACCUUGCCUUGCUCCUGAGGUGAGCCAGCUCUGUACCAUUGACCCAGAGCUGCUUGUAUGACUUGGUGGCACAAGCCUAAAUACUCUGCAUUGCAAAAAGCCUUGGAUAGAAAAACGAAAGGUUUCUUUUGGUGUAUUGAAUAAAUGUAUAUUAGAGUAUAUUUAAUAAUUCCCCAUUGCAUUGAGAAGAAGUGAAGAAAAGCACAAUUUACCUGCUGUGUAUUAGCGGCAAUGCGAUGGUGACUGAACAUUUUAAGUGAGUGAUGUCAGUGUUUGUUUAACGCACCUGCUGUGUAGGUUGUGGCUCUUGCCGGUUGCCUGAUGUACACAGUGUGUCUGCUUGUAUUCCAGACCUGAUGAAUUGGUGUUCCUUCCAGUGAUUAGGGUAAAUGCGAACAUCUAAAGGGCUGUGAUUCAUAUUUUUCUAUAUUUGCUGUGGAUAUACCGGUAGCUCUCUUGUAGAUGCUCUCUUGAUCCGCUUAAUACUUGGUAUUCCCCUUCUUGCAAAUCCUGUAUUCUGUCACUUGAGCAAGUGAAAGGGAAAAAGGAGGGGACUUAUUUUGUCUGAGAGCUUAGGAAGAGUCCUGCUGGAUCAGGCCAAUGGCACGGCACGUCUAGUCUAGCCAUCCUGUUUUCACAUUGCCUGGCCAGAUGCCCAUGGAAAGCUUGCAAGCAGAAUAUAGUUUAUUAGCCAGAGGAAUUGAAAACUUCCCAUAACUGCAUGUGCACAGACCUUGGCUCUACUAUGACCAGCCUUGCAGAUAAGUGUGCAGAAAUGACUACUGCACAAACACCUUACUACCUGUCCCAGAUGUGUUUGUGGCAUAAAUGGACUGCAUAGAGGGAAAAGAUCCUGACAAAGAAAAACCCUGCCUGUCUGAUGAUCACCUGGAGUCAAGGGAUCACAGCAAUCGCUAGGUACUUCAAAGACUUUGGUCACAGACCUACACUUGCCUCUGGGAGAAUUUAGUUGGCUGGCUGAGUAUUUUUAUUGACUUGGUAGCCUUAGUUGUAACUUGCCCUAUAAAGACAUGUUUAUAAACAAUAAAAUGAAAAAAGUAACAACUCUUAAACCCAUUCUUCCAGUACAAAAGCAACAGCAAUAAAGAUAGCAUUAUCCUAUAUAGUUACUUUACGCAACAAACAAUUGAACAGUAGAUGCUUGUGUGCAAAGUUGUAGAACUCUGCUUAGCAUCACCUUUGUGGAAAGUUGUUUGUUCUCUUAGUUUUUGUUCUAGAGGGAAACCAGAUGCUGCUUAUUCGUCUUGCAGACUGACAACAGUUGAACUUUUAAAGUCUUAAGAAUUCAGCCUUUCUACUUCAUUGAUAGGGACGCGGGUGGUGCUGUGGGUUAAACCACAGAGCCUAGGGCUUGCUGAUCAGCAGGUUGGCGGUUCGAAUCCCUGCGAUGGGGUUUGCUCCCGUUGCUUGGUCCAUGCUCCUGCCCACCUAGCAGUUCAAAAGCAUGUCAAAGUGCAAGUCGUUAAAUAGGUACUGCUCUGGUGGGAAGGUAAACGGUGUUUCCGUGUGCUGCUCUGGUUUGCCAGAAGCGGCUUAGUCAUGCUGGCCACAUGACCUGGAAGCUGUACGCUGGCUCCCUCGGCUAGUAAAGUGAGAUGAGUGCCGCAGCCCCACAGUCGUCCACGACUGGACCUAACGGUCAGGGGUCCCUUUACCUUUACCUUACUUCAUUGAUGUUACUACGUUAGAUACGCAUUCACCAGCCAUGGGCAGCCAAAGGGGUCUCUCUGUGUCAGAGAGUUGUGGGGCCUUGGACCCCAGGCUUGAAUGUGCCCCUCUGAACACUCCAGUGUUAGAAACUCAGAUAUACAAGCUAAACCAGGGCUACAGUCGCCACAAUGGAAUGCCUACUUGCCAUUUUGGGGCCAGACGGCUCGAAAGUCAUAUUUUUGAAUACAAGUUUUUGGUUCCUGAAAUUUGUUUUCAUUGUGCAGAUAAAAUAUAGCAGGUAGAAUUCCAUAGGAUGUGUUGCUAGUGUGUGAAAGCAGUCCAGAUCCAAUGAGCCUAACUUCCAGAUGGUGAAGACAUCAGGUGCCAUUCUCGUGCUUGGACUUCUUCACUUGGUCGCACGUGGCUGAUAGCCAGGUGCAAAAUGUGCCUGGCGAAAUUUGGAAUGCUGGAAGCAGCUCUGUCUGGCUCUCAGGACUUUGAUCUGCCCACUGCUCUGGACAUGCCCCCCUCCCCUAGGUCAACGCCCUCACUGACCCUACUUUGCACCCUCCAUGAGUCUUGUUUGCCUGGCUGCCAUCACUUGCUUGAAUGGAGGAUUAAAAAAGAGUGUGUGAGAAUAUAGAAAGUAGCUGACUACAGAGGUUGAACUUCCAUUUCAUUACUCCAUUCCACAUUUGCCUGCGGCCCUGCCCAUCACUGACAUGUGGCCCCUGGAAAGUUGCUCAGAAGAGGACUGUGGCCCUUGGGUUGAAAAGGAUUCCCCACACCUGCAGUUUGUGGCCUCGUUGAUGUGGUUGAAAGGAAAGCAGAGCAAUAUGUUUGGCACCAGCUUGGCUGCAGCGAGUUCCUGGAAGGACUCCACUCUGGAUUCUGUUGGGUUUACUGCUUAGACUUUUCUUCUUCUGAAGAUAUCCCACAAGGAUCAGAGUUUUUCUUCUCCUGGAUGGGCUACCUUCCCAGGUUGACGAGCCCGCCUGCCCCUCAUUUCAACGCCAGGUGCUGGAGACAGAAAAGGGAAGUGCUGGAAGUCGUCAGUCAUGGCAGGCGAUGCCAUCAUGGUGAUGCGAGGACUGGCAAAGCUCAGCAAGGCGGUUCUAGAAACACAGACAGUACAGCUUCGGCAAGCUGUCCUUGGUGGCGAUGCAGUAACCAUGGUCAGGAGCUUCCAGGCCACUGCUGAAGAGCAGUUCAGUGCUGCCAUGGGGAAAAUUCAGGAGCUGGGCAAGCAACAGGAGAACAUGAAAGAUUUUGGUGAGGACUUUGGAAAAGACGAGAGCUUCUCUGAAUUGGAGCUGGGAGGUGCUGCAAAGGACUUCUACCCUCCCCCUCUAGAACACCCUCCCAAGUCUGGUGGCGCAGAAGGCCCAUCUCACUCGUACGUUGCCAGAGGACCUUUACCAAACGUCGGUGAGAGCGGAGACCCCAGUGUGGGUUGGAACCCCACCUCUGCCAAAGUGAAUGCAAAGCUCUUUGGAGGCUUUAGGGACCCUUGGAAUCCUUCUGCUCCUGCUUGGGGGCAAAGCCGGGCUUUUCACCAAGACCAUUCCUCGGUGGGCGGACUCACGGCCGAAGAUAUUGACAAAGCCAGGCAGGCGAAAGCAGAGCCACAACAGAAACCGUACAAACAGAUGCUCAGUGAACGUGCCCGGGAGCGAAAGGUGCCAGUUACUCGAAUUGGGAGACUCGCUAAUUUUGGAGGCUUAGCUGUUGGUCUUGGCAUCGGAGCCUUGGCAGAGGUUGCGAAAAAGAGCCUUAGAUAUGAAGAGCAUAAUGGCAAAAAGGCUGUUAUGGAUACCAGUCCAUUUAUGUCGGAGGCCAAUGCAGAGAGAAUCGUGAGGACCCUCUGCAAGGUUCGAGGAGCAGCGCUGAAGCUGGGGCAGAUGCUGAGCAUCCAAGAUGAUGCCUUCAUCAACCCUCAUCUGCAGAAGAUUUUUGAACGUGUCCGUCAGAGCGCAGACUUCAUGCCGUUGAAGCAAAUGAUGAAAACUUUGAACAAUGACCUUGGUCCCAACUGGCGUGAUAAGUUGGAGUUCUUUGAAGAGCGACCUUUCGCCGCAGCUUCGAUUGGACAGGUUCACCUGGGGCGCUUGAAGAGCGGGAAAGAAGUUGCCAUGAAAAUCCAGUAUCCUGGAAUAGCCCAGAGCAUCAAUAGUGAUGUCAGCAACCUGAUGACUGUCCUGAGCAUGAGCAAUGUUCUCCCAGAAGGUCUCUUCCCUGAGCAUCUGAUCGAAGUGCUGAGCAGAGAGCUGGCCCUGGAAUGCGAUUACAAGAGAGAAGCUGCCUGUGCUAAGAAAUUCAGGGAGCUGCUCAAGGACCACCCCUUCUUCUAUGUUCCUGCCGUGGUGGAUGAGCUGUGCAGCCCACAUGUCCUGACAACAGAGCUGGUGUCUGGGUUCCCGUUGGAUCAAGCCCAAGAACUCAGCCAGGAGAUAAGGAACGAGAUCUGCCACAACAUACUCAUUUUGUGCCUGCGAGAGUUGUUUGAGUUCAGAUACAUGCAGACGGAUCCAAACUGGUCCAACUUCUUCUAUGACCCAGAAUUGCAUAAGGUGGCGCUUCUGGAUUUUGGAGCAACCCGGGGUUUUGAUGAGGAAUUCACAGACCUCUACAUAGAGUUAAUCAAAGCAGCUGCUGACGGGGACGGAGAGAAGGUGCUGAAGAAAUCAAUAGAAAUGAAAUUCCUAACUGGCUAUGAAAACAAGGCUAUGGAAGACGCCCACUUGGCUGCUGUCCUCAUCCUUGGAGAAGCUUUUGCAUCCAGUGAACCUUUUGACUUCGGCAACCAAAACACCACCGAGAAGAUACAUGGCUUAAUUCCAGUCAUGCUGAAGCACAGGCUAGUCCCACCCCCCGAGGAGACCUACUCUCUUCAUCGGAAAAUGGGAGGCUCAUUCCUCAUAUGCUCCAAGCUGAAGGCCCAAAUUCCAUGCAAGGACAUGUUUCAGGAAGCCUACGGAAAAUACUGGAGUAGAAAGGCCAAGAAGGAAUAGUAGCACAGAACUGUUGAACGUCCCCUUGUGUUUAUGGCCAAUCACCAAGGUUCUAGCAAACCACAGGGCGGUGUCUUCUCUCUCAUACCCCCCCCCUUGAACACCAGCAGCCUGGCUCCUGGAAGCAGAAUACCCGGUUCUAAGGACAGUGUUGUUCUUUUGUUGGACUUUUAUCCUCCACUUUACACUCACCUGAUUCCCUGUGUAGCCUCUCUUUUUACAGGAAAAUGGUUGUAGCCUAGUGUAGGGAUUGUGAGGGAAGAUUAGGCAGCUCUGUCCCAGGUAUCUGCUCUCUUUUUCAGAUUUUAAUACUGAUAGGUGUGUACCAAUUUGUUUUUUAUUGAAAACAAAACAAAGCAAGGGGUCUGUGGAAAGAGAACCAAAACAAGUUGGCAUUGAAAUCGUAGUUCUCCAAAUGUCUGUGGUUUCUCCCCCCCCUUCCCCCCCCCAGAGGUCCUUUAAUUUUUCUUCUUCUAAGGCAGGAUACAAAUGGUUUCAUACUAUGAAGUGUAGAUUGCCAACACAACUCAUAAGAGAAUCCUAUUUUUGUAUGAUGCUUGCUGGGAAUCCAUGAAGGUCUGGAUUUCCUGAUGGUGCAGUGUAAGAUGUGUACAUAGCCUAUUUUAUGCCUUCAGUCUCUUAAGUUUUCAAGGAAAGUGAAUUGUUUCAAGGAUCUGAUAGAAAGUGGUGCAGUGGCGUAUGUAGAAUGCCCUACUUUCAAAUGUGGCAGCCGUCUGAUUCUCUUGAGCUGAAUGUAUAUGCAAUGUAGUUAAUGGGGUUCUCUCGUUAAAUGGAGAAUUAAGAAAAGCCAAAGCUCUUAACUGUGGCAUUUAUAGAAACCUUCAUGCCUGCAACUUCGUAAUGCGACCUUUGAUGGAUGUGGGGAGAUUGAUACUGCUGUGUUAUCAGUGGUGUUUCAAGAUUUUGUUGGAAAGCAUAAUAUACAUUAAAGUAGCUGAACGCACAACUUUAAGCAAUUGGAGGCAACUCGGCAAAUGUAUUUUGGGAGGGGUUUUUUUGUACAACAGUUAGUUGUAGCUGUACAACUUUCAACCGAUUUCCAAUAAAGAAGUACUUGUCCAGAA